CUCGCAGGUGCGCGACGCAGGCGUCUUUACCGUUAUUCAGCUGUACAGGAACACCCGCUAUGUGGGAGCAACUGGAGUAAAGGGUGCGUACACCUGUGGACAGAUCUCCUAAUGGGUACUACCAGCUGGUGAACCCAUUCCAUGAGCACUUAUCACAGCUACGUUUCCUAAAUGGGGUAUCUUACGAUGUCAGACAGUAAUUGUACAACAAAUCAUGAUAUCCAUCAAUAUUUAUCACCCGUGGUGUACAUCCUAGUGCUUCUACUAGGACUGCCCACAAGUAUUUACUCACUGCACCAUGCAUGGCAGCAGGUGAGGGUCAGAAAUGAACUUGGAAUCUACCUGCUGAACCUGACCGUGUCGGAUAUCCUCAACCUGUGUUCCUUACCUUUCUGGUUGCACUAUUUUUUUCAUCAUGAUAACUGGCUUCUUGGGGAGUGGUGGUGUAAGAUAUGUGGAUUGUUUCUCUAUGAGAACAUCUAUAUCACCAUUGGCUUUCUUUGUUGCAUCUCAGUUGACCGUUACCUGGCUGUGGUUUAUCCUUUUCGCUUCCAGAGGUUUCGAAGUGUGAAAGCGUCUGUCAUCGUCAGUGCGUGUAUUUGGAUCAAGGAGAUUGGGGUUUGUACUGUCGUCAUUCUACAAAAAGAAGUCACUGUCGACGGUGAAAACCACAAGAUCUGCUUUGAGCAUUACCCCAUGACGGACAUGGAGCGGCUAGUGAACUAUUACCGGUUUUUUGUUGGAUUCCUUUUCCCAUUGGUGAUUAUUACUUUUUCUUACAUUCGUAUUCUUAAGGCUGUCAAGAAAAGCACAGGAACUCAGCAUGCACAGAAACUUAGAAUCAAGUACUUGGUGUCCAGCACAAUAGCCAUUUUUCUGCUCUGUUUCUCGCCCUACCACAUCUUUCUUUUAAUUAGGACGAUUUUUGAAAAGAAAGACUGCGUGUUAAUCGGGACUAUUUUUAAUUACUACCAUUUCUCUUUGCUGCUAACUAGUCUCAACUGCCUUGCAGAUCCUGUGUUGUAUUGUUUUGUUAGUGAAAGCAUUCAGAAAGAGAUGCUGAGGGCAAAGAGUCAAUGUGGACAGCUGAGUUGCUGCUGUAAAAAAUCAAAAACUGUAGAAACGACUGAAAAUAACACACCCGAUAUUAAUGGAAGUACGGCCCUGACCGCCCUUCAGAGGGGAACUGAGCUGGGCUGAAGAUCCAUGUGUGUUGUUAAGGCAGACGUGCGCAGGUUUAGUCUGCUUAAGGGUGUAUUGUCUAUUUAAGAAAGGUGGCAAGACAGGCCAAGGUAAACUUACAGAACUUACUG